ACAAUUGAUGCUGCUUCAGUUGGAUCUCUUCUGCUCUCAGAUUCAUUUAUUACCAUAAUGGAUACAAAUGACUAUUGUGCUACUCCUCAAGAACUCAAAGAUCAAUUGAGUGAGAGAUAUUCUGGGGCAAGACGAGCAUAUUUGAAAAGUGGAGGAGACUUCCCAUUUCUCUCACGACCAGAUGAAGUUAACCUACAUCUUCAGCUACACUUGAGGCGGGUUGGGGUUGAAGCUCAACCAGAUUUAGUACGAGGAAUCUCAAAAGAUGGUAAUGGGGGUAGCCCCAGCCAAAAAAAUGAUGAGAAAGAUGAGCACGAAGAUCCACCAAACCAUGAUGAGGGAGAUCCUGACAGCCCUUCUGCAGACAAUCAGUCACCUCCAGCUCCAGAAAGCUCAAAAUCUAGUGAAAUCAGCGAUCAGUUUCUCAGCAAUGCAAAAAUUUGCCCCAUGAACCAUGAAGAUAAAAAGGUUUUGAUGCAUUUUGCAUCAUUGAUGAAACAACAUGCCACAACAAUCCUUCUGAGUAUGGAGAUUUUCGUUUUUUGCUUGCUUCCCCUUUAUGUGGAGUCAUUGUACAUUGCUUCAGGAUAUUGUUUGAAUUUCAGACAAUUUGUGUAACAUAACACUAAUUGGAAACUUUUCACCUUGUUAAUCAUACAAGCAAUUGCUGUGGGUGAGCCGUUGGCAUUGUUAUACCUCUGUCAUUUUGUUAUAUUGUUGAAAUUCGAUUGAAAUUCUUCCUGUUCAAAUCCUAUGCUAUUGAAGUUGAAUAAUAAGUCAGGGGUGCC